AUCAAAGCCCCGGCUAGUCCUAGUUGUGAAUCCCUACCAAAAUAAAAGCGAAAUAUCAAAACCCUAAGCCCUUGUCUCCCUCGCUCUCUCUAUAUCUGCAGAGCAGACAUUUUUGGUUUCGGCUUGUAACAGCAAGCAACAGCAGGCUCAGCAGCCAUGUUAUAGGGUGGGUCUGUGCUUCAAGCUUAGGCAGAUGGAAUUCUGCCCAACUUGUGGGAUCUUGUUGCAGUAUGAGUUGCCCCAUAUGAGCCGCCCUGCCAGAUUCUUCUGCCCAACUUGUCCAUAUGUCUGUAAUUUAGAGGCCAAGGUCAAGAUAAAGAGAAGGCAACAUUUAGUUAAGAAAGAGAUAGAACCCAUCUUCUCCAAAGAUGAUAUGAAGAAUGGGCCCACAACCGAAGCAACGUGUCCAAAUUGCGGGUUCGGGAAGGCUGUUUUCCAGCAAAUGCAGAUCAGGUCAGCUGAUGAGCCUAUGUCAACAUUUUACUGGUGCUUGAAUGAGAAAUGUAGACACCAGUGGCGUGAAGACUAAAUGUUGCUGCUGUCUUUCAUUUUGUCAAGUAUUAUUCACUUUUGGUUUGUCCAGUUUUGGAUUUCAUCAGAUAAUGUUAUUAAACUUCUUUUUUUUCUCGGAUAUGCAGGGGGGGUUAAGCAUAAUGCUCCCCAUAUCAAUUUUUGAAAACUUAAAAUAAAAAAAUAAAAAGUGAAUUUUCAAUGAAAUCAAAUAAAAGAUCGUGGCAUUUUGUUCCAUUGUCUUGGUUGAAAUU